AUGAAUUCUUCAAGGAUGAGAAAAUCCAAGUGCUCUCCUUCUUUCCUCCUCCUGUUUUUUYUUCUUCUUCUCUUUCUCUUUCUGUYCUUUGAUUUCAUCCCUUUUUUCUUUCUGUCCAUCGCCCUCCUCCUCCUCCUCUUCAUCCUGCUGCUGCCGGUCGGUCAGUCAGAGCUUCACAGAACUGGACAGCAACAUUUCUGCACCUUACUUCUCUCAACAGGCGGGGGGAAAAAAAUCCCUGGAGAACCAAAUGGAAAGAGGGAGAACAUUAUGACCUACGUGGAGUCUGAGUGAAACAAAGCGACAGCAGCUGGAAGAAGAUUUUUUGUCCCACUGAGCGACUGAUGAACUUUGUCUUCCUUAAUUGUCUGAAAAUCCCCCAAAACAAGCUUGAAAGACCUUUCCAGUUCGGAUCCCAGUUAUGCUUCCCCUCACCUCCUCCCUCCUCCUCUUCCUUCUGACUGGACCUGCUCUUCUGACCUCGUCGACCUCCACGGAGUUAGAGGUCGGAGGUCAACGGAGACCAAAAGAAGCUGAGCAGGACUCCAUUAAGCUGGUGAUCUCAGAGGGAUGCAGCUCUCAGGGAGAUUCACCUAACGCGAGCCAGGGAGGGAAAGAAAUCAACCUGGAUCCUGGUUCUCCUCUAGUCCUGACCCACAGAAUCAAACUGGUUCCAUCGGGAUCGGGGUCUGGGUCGUGUGGCUGCGAGGCAGACUUCGCUGCCCUGCGGGAGCGGCUGGAGAGUCUGGAGAGGGAGGUGUCCAGCCUGAGGGAGAAGUGUGGAGGGGCCGAGGGAAGCUGCUGCACCUCAGAGAGCAAAGGUGCAGGCUGUUCGAUAAAACCGAAGAACGAGGACUGUCCCAAUGAGUGCAACGAUCAGGGUCGCUGCGUGGACGGCAAGUGUGUCUGCUUUGCUGGUUACAGUGGGCCAGACUGCAGCCAGUCCAACUGUCCUGGCAACUGCAACAACAACGGGAGGUGUGAGAACGGAGAGUGYGCAUGCGACCCUGGCUUCUCUGGUCUUGACUGCUCCCAGAGAGUCUGCCCAGAUAACUGCAACAGCCAGGGCAGGUGUGUGAAUGGCAAAUGUGUGUGUGACAGUGGCUUCACAGGUCCAAGUUGCUCAGAAGAAUCCUGCCCUGGUAACUGCAACAGGAGGGGGCGCUGUGUGAAUGGACAGUGUGUGUGUAAUCCUGGAUUCACAGGUUCAGACUGCACUAAAAGGGCCUGUCCCAACAACUGCAACAAUCGUGGGAGGUGUGUUAAUGGUAAAUGUAUCUGCAAAAGUGGUUUUACCAAUGCAGAUUGCUCUGAGAAAGCCUGUCCGAGAAACUGCAACAACAAGGGAAACUGCAUCAAUGGACAGUGUGUUUGUAAUGAUGGAUUUACUGGAGCAGACUGCUCUAAAAUGUCUUGUCCCAACAACUGCAGCAACCGUGGGAGGUGUAUUAAUGGUAAAUGUGUUUGUGACAAUGGUUUUACCAAUGUAGACUGCUCAGAGAUUGCCUGUCCUGGUAACUGCAACAACAAGGGAAAUUGCAUCAAUGGACAGUGUGUUUGUAAUGAUGGGUUUACUGGUGCAGACUGCUCUGAAAAGUCUUGCCCCAACAACUGCAACAAUCGUGGUAYGUGUGUUGAUGGUGAAUGUGUCUGCGACAGUGGUUUCACCAGCAAAGACUGCUCUGAAAUAGCCUGUCCAGAAAACUGCAACAACAGGGGGCGCUGCAUCAGUGGACAAUGUGUUUGUAAUGCUGGUUUUACUGGAGCAGACUGCUCUGAACAGGCUUGCCCCAACAACUGCAAUAAUCGUGGAAGGUGUGUUGAUGGUGAAUGUGUCUGCAACAAUGGCUUCACCAGCGAAGACUGCUCCGAGAUAGCCUGCCCUGGGAAUUGCAACAACAAGGGAAAUUGCAUUAAUGGUCAAUGUGUUUGUAAUGAUGGGUUUACUGGUGCAGACUGCUCUGAACAGGCUUGCCCCAACAACUGCAAUAAUCGCGGAAGGUGUGUUGAUGGUGAAUGUGUCUGCAACAAUGGCUUCACCAGUGAAGACUGCUCUGAGAUUGCCUGCCCUGGGAAUUGCAACAACAGGGGGCGCUGCAUCAGUGGGCAAUGUGUUUGCAAUGUUGGAUUCACUGGCACAGAUUGCCUGGAAAAAGCAUGCCGUAACAGUUGUAACCAAGUUGGGAGGUGUGUUGAUGGAGAGUGUGUCUGCAACAGUGGCUUUACUGGUACUGACUGCUCUGAGAUUGCCUGUCCUGGUAACUGCAACAACAGGGGGCGCUGUAUUAGUGGACAAUGUGUUUGUGAUGAUGGAUUUACUGGAGCGGACUGCUCUGCAAAGGCUUGCCCCAACAGCUGCAACAACCGCGGUAGGUGUGUUGAUGGCAAAUGUGUCUGUGACAGUGGUUUCACCGGAGACGACUGCUCAGAGAUCKCCUGUCCUGGGGACUGCAACAACAGGGGGCGCUGUAUCAAUGGACAAUGUGUUUGUCAUGAUGGAUUUACGAGCACUGACUGUUCUGAAAAGGCUUGCCCCAACAACUGCAAUAAUCGUGGAAGGUGCAUGAAUGGGAAGUGUGUUUGCAAUGUUGGCUUCGCAGGACCAGACUGUUCUGCCAAGGGCUGUCCCAACAACUGCAACAACAAAGGACGAUGCUUCAAAGGGAGAUGUGUKUGUCGGCCUGGAUUUACUGGACCGGACUGCAACCAAUGUCAAGAGGGCAAAACYGGACCUAAAUGUAAUAUUGGCACUCAGGACCUCACAGAGUCAUCUGUCACUUUGGUUUGGACCCAACCUUUUGUUCAGUAUGAAACCUACUACAUCACCUUUACCAGCCAGAAGGAGGAAGAUCAACAGAUAACCUCACAAGUGAACGGAAGCCUGACCACCUUCACCCAGACGGGCCUGGCAGCCAGUCAGGAGUACAUUGUCACGAUCGUCGGGGAGUUCGAAGGCAGGAGGGGCGCUGAGAGCAAAACUGAAUUUACGACUCUCAUUUCUGGUCCAACCAACCUCCAAGUCGUCAAGACAACCUCCACAUCUGCAGUUGUUCAGUGGGAGUCAUCGCAGGAAGAGGUUGACAGGUACCGUCUGACCGUCUUACCCAGUGAUGGGGCAGGGACGAGUCGAGAAAUGAGCAUACCAGCUGGCCAAACCUCUGCCCAUAUUGGACAGCUGGAGGCAGGACGUUUGUACGACGUCUUACUGGUGGCGGAGAGGGGACUGGUCCAAAGCCAACCAGUGAGGACCCAGGUCGUUCCUGGCCCAGAACCCCCAUCUAACAUUGUCUUCAGUAGGGUGACAGAAAACUCUCUGACAGUGUCGUGGACCAAACCAAAGAGCCCCGUUAGUGGUUUUAAAGUCACAUACACCCAUUCAGAUAACGAUGAGCCGGUAUCGGUGUCAGUGGAUUCUGAGGACUCCACCCUGAACUUGUCUCAGCUUUCCCCUGGAUCAUCUUAUGAGGUCACAGUCCUCUCCACCCUCGGACUGGACGAGAGUGAUCCAAUCACAGACUUUGUCAUGACUCUCCCUGACCCUCCCACAGACUUGCAAGCCACGAAUGUCACUGACACCACAGCGUUGUUAUUAUGGCGCCCUGCGCUGGCUGCUGUUGAUAAGUACGCCAUCAUCUAUGGCUCAGGGACAGGCUCAGAGCUGAGGAUCACCGUUUCUGGGAACGCAGCUGAGCAGCAGCUAACCGGUCUGGAGGCAUCCACCACCUACAACGUCACCAUCACAAGCCAGCUGGGCAGCCAGGAGAGCUCACCUGCCUCCACCAGCUUCAUCACUGCCGGCAGAUUUGUGGGGGAUUCUGAUGAAGCGAGCAACCUCCAAGCCAAAAAUGUGACCCCUCGCACUGCUCUUGUAUCAUGGAGGCCACCGUUAAAAACUGGGGAUGGAUACUUGUUGAUCUAUCAGGCCGAAGGUGAAAAAUCAAAGGAAAUCCUUGUUGGGCCCAGUGAAACCCAGUACAAGCUGACCAGACUCCAUCCUGGCUCCCUGUAUAACGUGAAGCUCCGAACACUGAGAGGAGUGCAUCCGACAGGCAACACUUUCACCACAUUCACCACUGGAAAUCUGCGGUUCCCCUUCCCCACUGACUGCUCUCAGGAGCUGCUGAACGGCAUCCGGACUUCAGAAGAGGUGGAGGUCUUCCCUCAAGGGAAGCUGGGGAAGUCGAUGAUGGUUUACUGCGACAUGGAGACGGAUGGCGGCGGCUGGACGGUCUUCCAGAGGAGGAAGGACGGCUCGGUGGAUUUCUACCGAGGCUAYGCCGAUUAUGUUAAAGGAUUUGGAAAUCUGAGUGGAGAGUUCUGGCUCGGUCUUGAGAAUAUCCACAGCUUGACAUCAACGACCAGGAUGAAUCUACGGGUCGACCUACGGGAUGGGGGUGAGCGGGUGUUCGCCCAGUACUCAACCUUUAUGGUGGUCAAGAGACAGUACAGACUAACUGUGGACGGAUACAGCGGCACUGCAGGUGACUCUCUCAGUUACCACAACAACCACGUCUUCUCCACCAAAGACCGAGACCCAGCGCCAGGGAUCACCCGCUGCGCCAUUUCUUAUCAAGGAGGUUGGUGGUACAACAACUGCCAUGAGGCAAACCUGAACGGUCUCUAUGGGAACAACUUCCAACACCAGGGUUUGAUCUGGAAGUCCUGGAAAGGAGAAGAUCACUCCAUCCAAUUCACUGAGAUGAAGAUGAGACCUGCAAACUUCAGGCCUCCUUCUAGAGGAUGAAAAUAUAUAUUUAAAUGUUUGAUCGAACGAUGAGCUGUUCAGAAGGAAAAGCAGAGAGCCUCGCUCUCAUUUAGAGAUGAAGACAUAUUUUUUCAUUUGUAUAUAGUCAGUUCUCAGCACUGUACAGAUAUUUUUGUUUGUUUUUCAGCAACAUUAAAUGUAUAGUUUUAAAGCAGGUGCUUGUCUGUUUGGUCAGAUAAUUAAACUGUACUUUAUUAAAAUGAUAGAUACGUGUUUUCGUUCCGACAAGGUUCUGUUAGCAGCAUUCAAAGCUAAUUUUAUUUGUAUUGUAAAUAAGUGGAUUGUUGUUUUAAGGAUGGUGAAACUAAACUGCAGCUCAAAGGGAACUUUUUGUGCAUACAUGGUUUUAAUGUUUGUUUUGAAUAUACAGAARAUGGCGACAAACUUGAAAAUAUAUAAAUGUACUUUUCAAACAUGUAUGAAAAAAGUAAUCUUUUGUAUUUCUGAUUAAAUUUACUAAAA